ACCUUUUCUCAAAAAUGUCAAGAGUUCGCCAUGAUCCUAACAUCUCCAUACCCAUCGAGUGACAUAUUUCAAUUUGAUACUCCAAGCGGUCCAACAUGUCAGCAUCAACAGCCGAAAAGGCGGACCCAGACCACCCGCAGCCGCCAUUCCAGCUCAUCAAGCGAGUCGAGAAGAACAUCUGGAUCACCCGGCGCAAUGCCCAGCACGCGGGCUACGCCGACGGCGAAGAGUUCAUCGCGCGCAAAGUGGACGACUUUGACGAGUACUACGACGCCGGCAAGUACUCGAUGAGCUUCACGACCAGGAAGCAGCGCCAGGUCAAGGGCCUCAUGGACCUCCUCUACACGCACAACAUGGGCCGCACCGUCUCCCACGUCCUCAACCACGAGAAUAUCAUCUCCCUCGCGGGGUAUCUCCGCCAGCAACCCCUGGACCCGCGCGCGGAGAAGCAGGCCACGGAGGAUUAUUUGGUUUGGGAUAUUUGCGACGCCGGCACGCUCGAGAUCCUCUUUGCGGACCACCGGCACGCGGAGCACGAGCCGGGGUGUUUCUUGCCCGAGUCGCUCUGCUGGCAUGUUCUUACCUCUGUGAUUCGUACGCUUGUUUGGCUGCAUGAUGGGUAUCGGCAGGAGGUGGACUGGACGACUGGUGAGAAGUCGUGGGCGGCGACGGAUACGGAGUGGAUGCCCAUCUUGCACCGCGGUAUUGAAGCGCAGUCCAUCUUUUUCCAGCACUCGCGGGGCAAAGAGACGUACGGCGUGUGUAAGCUGGGCAAGUUUGGCCAGGCUUUCGUGUCGGGUGUUCCGGCGCGGCGGGAGGGGGCGCUGGAGAGGGAGGAGCCGCUUCCGCAUAGUGUCGGGUUUCCUGUUGCGCCCAAGACGGGGCAUAUGCGUCUUACAGAGAUGAUUGGGCAAUGGAAGGAAUAUAAGGAUACGGGGAGGAAGAGUAAACGCCUCUACACGCUCAGCGAUGAACACUGGGCCCUCGGCGCCGUCCUCUUCCGCAUGAUGACCGGCCGGCCCCUCCCCAGCCUGGACGGGUGCCAGACGUGCCAGUGCAUCCACAUCCGGCGGUGCGCAAAGAUGGGUUGCAUCUACGACGACGAGACGCACAAGGGCAGCCGCGGAUGCUUGCACGAGAACUUCCCGGGGUGUCAGUGCGUUGUGCCGUCUGGGUCGGCGCCGAACGCACGUGCGGGGCCCGGUCCGGCGUGCGGUGGGGCCGCUGCGGAUGUUCAUCUCGACGAGGUGCUGCACCGGUCCGGGUACUCGCGGUUCCUGAAGGUUGCGGUGCGGACGCUGUUGGAGUAUGACCUCGAGAUACCGGCUGUGCAAACGAGGGGGUUGGCGGAGGAGAUGGAGAGGUUGUAUAAGGAGUGGAGGUGCGAGACGGAGGAAGGGAGGGAGUAUGCUGAUGUGAUGGAUGAUCUUGGAUACCGAUUCAUGGUGUUGAAUAAGAUGUCUGGUGAGAUUUUGGACUAAUGGUAGCAGUUUCUUGUAGGUGUUUGGUGUUUGAGGGUUUUCCGUCAAGCACAUCGGGGGUAGAAAUGUCACCAACUCACCCCGAGAGUGUGCUUCUAUGAGCUAUGUUAUGGUCAUAGCACCUGAAUGAGUAAAAGCUUCUCAAGCUAGUUGACCAAGGUAGUUUGCAUUUGUCUAUCAUAGUUCAUCCAAUUUAUCUAUGAAAUCAC